CGCCAGCCCGCCCACAGAAAAGCCGUUCUCCCCUCUUUCUCGAUUCGACGAGGGGAAGACUCGUCGAGCCGCCGGCCAGCCCAUCUCGGCGCAUUCCCGGAGAAUCCCUCCGGAAACCGGUCGAUCCUGGGUCAUCCAACACACAGCACUUCGCUUCUCCCGCGUCCCCGACCCGCGCGCAAGCCCUCAUGCGGUUAGGGCUGUAACGAUCUCGUCUCGCUACCGGCGGCCGGCUGCGGAACGGGCCACCCCACGCGCUCCUCUGAGUUCGUUCGACUAAUCUACCGCUGACUGUACUUUGGGCUGUCGCCACCAGAAAGCCCUCACGAGUCCUUUGCCUCCUCACUCCGUCAGGCUCGUCGCCACAGGGUUUUGUUCCUAACUUUUUAGCUUCAAUUUUUGUCUUGAAUGGCAACACCUCUGGAUGUUCCACUGGAUGAUUUGAUUAAGAGCAGAGCUGGGAGGGGAACAGGAAGAGGCAGGGGACAAGGAGGGGGUCGAGGCAGAGGUGAUGGCCAAAGGUUGGCUCGUGGUUCGUGGCGUGGGCGUGGUACUGGCAACUUCCGUGAAAGGGGACUUGGGGUGUCUUCGCGGAGGCCACUUGGUGUUAAUACUUGGUCCUCAUCAUUUGCUAUUGCCAAGUCAUUCAAUAAAGCAAAGGAUUUUGUGUGGAGACAUGAUCUCUUUGAGGAUAGCAUGGUAGCAGCUGGGCUUUCUGGGAUAGAAUCUGGAACAAAGCUUUACAUUUCAAAUUUGCACUAUGGAGUGACAAGUGAAGAUCUACAGGAGCUUUUUUCAGAAAUGGGUCAUUUGAAGCACUGUGCUGUUCAUUAUGACAGUUAUAGACACCCAACUGGUUCGGCUGAGGUGAUAUUCACCAGGAGAAGUGAAGCUCUCGCAGCACUGAAGCGAUAUAAUAAUAUGCGCCUUGAUGGGAAGGCCAUGAAGAUUGAAGUAAUAGGAGCAGAAUUGGGUCUAUCAGCUGCUGCCGUACCCCAGAUUAGUGUUGUUCCUGGUGCAAGCAGAAGAGGGCAGAGAGAAGUUGUUAUGAUGCCUGGUGGAAGUGGGUUUGGACAAGGUGCAUCUGGCCCAUCUAGUUCGCUUCCUGGGUGGAAGCGUGGAGGCUUUGUUCGAAGAGGACAAGGGCGUGUUAGUUUUCCUCAAAGAGGGCGAGGGCAAGUGCGCAGCCGUGGCCGUGGCCGUGGCCGCAGUAGCUUUGUUCAGAGCCGUGGACGUGGCUAUGUGCGCAGGGGUAAUGCAGAGAAAUCAGCCAAACAAUUGGACAAUGAACUUGACAACUACAACUCUGGUGCGAUGAAUGUCGACUAAGUUAAUCCAUCGUGACAUCAUUCAAUCCAACCUGGAAGUUGGAACUAUGUUGAAGCUAAGCUUGUUUUCUGUCGGUAUUCUGUCAAAUGUGCACACUUCUGUCAUGCUCUAGUGGCAUCAGUUGAAGAUUAGAUAUUCCAUUAUUCCUACUGCAAUAGUCUUGUGAUAUCAGAAUUUGCUGUAAUUGAAUGAUGAAUUAUGUUUUCAACCGUUGAAAGGUUUGCUGUCAAAAUUUC